GUGAACUACCCACAACGUCAGAACUUAAGAUGGUGUUAGGCCAUGAUUUAAUGAAAAUGAUAAAUUAAAUAUGAUUAAUGUACUGAGGCAACAACUUAUCAAUAAUCAAACAUAAGUGACUUCAAUACAUUUUUAUUCAUUACGUUCAGUCGCUGCCAGCUCUUCAGACAUUACGAAGAAGUGUCCUGCUUCUCUAUUGAGUGAUUGUUCAAUAUUUGCAAUCAGUGAACAUGCUGUAAAUUAUAAUGAAAUAAAGUAAAUGAAUUAUAUGGAAGUAGGUACCAAAGCCAAAAACUUGAACAGCUCGCAAUGAGGACUUUCCGGGACAUGUUGGCAGUAGUGAUCUUCUUUAUCCUGACUGCAACAUUUGCCAAAUCAGAAAAAAACUAUAACCCACUACUAAAAUCAUUAAUGCGUACAAAAAGAUUUGGUCUAUGGCGGCCAAUCUCAAUGUUUCUCCCAUUCAACCUUCCUACAAUAGUCUUAAAGUUUACUGUGUGUAAUGUGAUUUGCGGAGGAAAGCAGUGCACUUGUUGCCAUAAUAUAAAUCUGCUUUUAGUAACACAUUCAACGUGUGCAAUACUGUCAAUAAACCCAAGAAAAGGCUUACUUGAAGCACAACUGACUUUUGGAGGUAUUGUUCUUGCGUCUGGAGCUAUCUAUCUAGGAGAUAUUAAUUUCUGCCAAAAAUUCAAAACUAUAUAUACCUGGAUAACCUUUUGUGUGAGUGUUGAAGUGAAAGACGAUCCCACUAACUUUAGGCAUUUCAUCAUAUAUGCUAAAUUUGAAAUAAAAUAUCACAAUAAAAACUUCUUGGUAGUUAAAGUAAAUCCUAUAAAGGUGAGUGGAGACAUAAUUGUGCAAGGAAAAGUAACAAAGAGAGGCAAGCAGAUUGCAACAAUAGAAAUAACGACUCCCCAAGUUUUGAUUGGCGUUGUGAUUGCGAAUGAUAAUUCGACAAAAGUGUAGGAAUUUUAUUAAAAACGUUUUCGAGAUAUAAAUGUAGAUAUAUAAAUACAUUUAUGUAUUUAUCGCAAAAUAUUUUGUUGUGGUUAUGAAAGUAUUUCUUAAUAAAUAAAAAUAUACAACUUUA